AUGAACACCACCCUGCCGAACGUGACCAUCUUUGCAACGGGUGGUACCAUUGCCGGUUCUGACUCCAGCUCAACAGCCACGACCGGCUACACCUCUGGAGCAGUCGGUGUCCUGUCCCUCAUCGAUGCAGUCCCGUCCAUGUUGGACGUGGCCAACGUUGCCGGUGUGCAGGUGGCCAACGUGGGAAGCGAGGAUAUUACCUCUGACAUCUUGAUUUCCAUGUCCAAGAAGCUGAACCGCGUCGUGUGUGAGGAUCCGACCAUGGCCGGCGCCGUCAUCACCCACGGCACAGACACCCUCGAGGAAACUGCCUUCUUUCUGGAUGCCACCGUCAACUGCGGCAAGCCGAUUGUCAUUGUGGGUGCUAUGCGCCCGUCCACGGCCAUUUCGGCUGACGGACCCUUCAACCUCCUUGAAGCUGUGACGGUGGCUGCCUCUACUUCGGCGCGCGAUCGCGGUGCCAUGGUCGUCAUGAACGAUCGUAUUGCCUCGGCCUACUACGUGACCAAGACUAAUGCAAACACCAUGGACACCUUCAAGGCCAUGGAGAUGGGCUAUCUCGGCGAGAUGAUCUCGAACACCCCUUUCUUCUUCUAUCCGCCCGUCAAGCCAACCGGCAAGGUGACCUUUGACAUUGCCAACGUGACUGAAAUCCCCCGUGUGGACAUCCUGUUCUCCUAUGAGGACAUGCACAACGACACCCUGUAUAAUGCAAUCUCUAGUGGUGCCCAGGGAAUUGUGGUUGCUGGUGCCGGUGCUGGAGGCGUCACGACCUCCUUCAACAAGGCUAUCGAGGACGUAAUCAACCGUCUGGAGAUCCCCGUCGUGCAGAGUAUGCGCACUGUCAACGGGGAAGUGCCGCUGUCGGACGUGAGCAGCGACACGGCUACCCACAUCGCCAGCGGAUAUCUGAACCCGCAGAAGUCGCGCAUUCUGCUGGGAUUGCUGCUAUCUCAGGGAAAGAAUAUCACAGAGAUUGCGGACGUUUUUGCUUUGGGCACGGAUGCAUAG